GUCGCGGAAGUUACCGAAUUAAACUACAACUUCAAAGUCGAGGUCGUCGCGAUUUGUCAUCGUCUGCGCUAACUCGACGUUGCGUUGCGCCUGCGCCGGAUUUCUUUACAACGCGGACUACAGACCCUUGACCUACAAAGAAUCAUUUAUAAUUUUUUCUAGGAAUUAGCAGAAUAAUUGAUAAAGGACACGUAAAUACUAUCUUGGUGUGUGGCAAGUGCUACGGCACCGAAUGAGCGGCGGAGCGCGGGCGGCGGGCGCAGUGCUCGGUGCCCACUCGGUGACUCGGCCAUCAGUUUCCACUAGCCAUUCGAGCUCAACGGCCGUGUCGAUUGUGCGUCAGUGUCCUCGCCAAUGUUAUGAUACGAGUGCGUGGAGUUGUUUAAGAUGUUUGCCUCAGUCGCAGUGUGUCCGUUCUGUGUACCAGUUUGUAGUGCUUAAGGUGGAUUCCGGACUGUAUCAGGCCGUGGAGCACGGCCGGCCACUCGAGCGCUCCCGGGCGAUGUAUGUCAUUAAUUUAGAGAUGUCGCGGGAUACCGGCGGUGCAGAAGGGGGCGGGGGCACGGGCCGCUCUCCGUCCCCGCCGCGAGCGCCGCCCGACUCUUCCUUCCACCACCAGAUUAUGCAGAGUCACAGUCCCAGAAAGAACCAUAUCGCGGAGAGGGCCAAACAGACAUUAGAGAAUAGUUUCCUGUUGCAAUUGAAGAAGCAGCAACAGUUACAGCAAGAGAUAUUGUUGCAGCACUUCCAGCAGCAACGGCAGCAGCUAGCCGAGCAGCACGAGCAGCAGAUCAGGCAUCACUUAAAGCUAUGGGAGCAGCAGAAGGCGAUGGAGGAGGCGGCUUUGCGCGAGGCGAGGGAGGCCAGAGAGGCCAGGGAGGCGAGGGAAGCGAGGGAAGCGCGUGACGUUCGCGAGAGAGGGGACCUGCGCAAGAAGGACAAGCUCGAACAUUGCGCCACCGCCUCCACGCAGGUCAAGCAGAAGCUGCAGGAGUUCCUGAAGAAGAAACAGGCGGCCGCCACCGCCAACGGCGCGUUGCCCGGCUCGCCCUAUAGGAAUUGGGGCAUCGUGAAGUCGUCAUCGGGCGAGUCGAUGCCGUCGGGCGCUGCGGCGGGGGCGCACCCCUACCGUCUACCCGCCCCGCUCGCCGCUCCUCUGCCGCUCGCGCUCCCCGCGCCCGCUGCGCCCGACUACCCGCUCAGAAAAACCGCGUCGGAGCCCAACAUGCUGAAGGUGCGGCUGAAGGCGAGGGUCAUCGAGCGUCGAGCGUCGCCCCUGGCCCGCCGCCCCCUCAAGACGCGCCCGAAGCCUCGCAGUGAGUACAAAGCCUCGCUUUCGUCCGCGCGUGUCGUUCGUCUCUCACGACUGUACUUUCACGCAGACUGCGAAGCGGGAUCGCCGCGAGGCUCCCCGCCGGGCGCCGUGGGCAGCAGCACGCCCAUCCGCGAAGAGGAGGAGACGGGCCGUUCGCCGGAGCCACUCUUCUCGUCGCCGUCGCUGCCCAACAUCUCAUUGGGGCGGCCCCUGGCAGCGCACUGUCCCCCGCCCGCGCCGCCGCCCGCGCUGCCGCCGCUCUGCGAGUCCGAGCCCUACUGCGGCGCCGCAGCCCUAAGCGCACGCCUGGCCAAGAGGCCCCUGGGGCGCACGCACUCGGCGCCUCUGCCCCUCGGAGACCCUGCGCUGCAUCCUCAUCUGCCGCACCACUAUUUGCGCGACCAAAUCAGGAAGACAGUGUUGACUCGCGCGCACGACGCAGCCGCCGCACAACUGCGAGAGGAGGAGGGUGAGGUGAUCGAUCUCACGAGGAAGCCCUGCCCCGUCCCUCCCGCCGCGCCUCCCGUGCCGCCGCCGCCGCCCCUCGCCGCUGCGCCCCUCGCUCGCGCCCUGUCUUCGCCGCUGGUGGGGGCGCGACAGCCGCCCACGGGGCUCGCCUACGACGCCCUCAUGCUCAAGCACGGCUGCUCGUGUGGCGCCCACGCGCCCACGCACCCCGAGCACGGAGGCCGCCUGCAGUCCGUUUGGGCGCGCCUCUGCGAGACGGGCCUCGCGGCGCAAACGGAGCGUACACGCGCACGCAAGGCGACGUUCGACGAGCUCGCGAGCGUGCAUUCGGAGGCGCACGUGGCGGCCUUCGCCGGUCGAGGCCGCGACGCCAAAGAACCGCGCGGGCGCGCGCUGCGUCUCGUGCGGCUGGCGUGCGGCGGCCUCGGCGUCGACGCCGACACGCCCUGGAGCGAGGCGCACACGCCGGCCGCCGCGAGGCUAGCCGCCGGCGCCCUGCUCGACCUGGCGCUGCGCACGGCGCGCAACGAGCUACGCAACGGAUUCGCCGUCGUGCGGCCGCCGGGCCACCACGCCGAGCCCGACCAGGCGAUGGGCUUCUGCUUCUUCAACAACGUGGCUAUCGCGGCCCGGCAGCUGCGGCUACGGCUCGGGCUGCGGCGCGUGCUCGUCGUCGACUGGGACGUGCACCAUGGCAACGGCACGCAGCAGGCCUUCUACGAGGACCCGGGCGUGCUCUACGUGUCGCUGCACCGCCACGACGACGGCAACUUCUUCCCGGGCACGGGCGCCGCCGACGAGUGCGGCGCCGGCGCCGGCCUCGGCUUCACGGUCAACGUGCCGUGGCCGGGUCGGCCGCCGCUGGCCGACGCCGAGUACCUGGCCGCCUUCCGAACGGUCGUCAUGCCCGUCGCCAAGGAGUACGACCCGGAGAUCGUGCUCGUGUCGUGCGGCUUCGACGCGGCCGCCGGCCACCCGGCGCCCAUGGGAGGCUACAGCGUGACGGCCGCGUGCUUCGCGCACAUGACGCGCGAGCUGAUGCAGCUGGCCAACGGCAAGGUGGUCCUGUCGCUUGAGGGCGGCUACGACCUGCCCGCCAUGUGCGACUGCGCCCAGGAGUGCGUGCGCGCGUUGCUCGGCGAGCGCAUCGCGGCGCCGCCGCUGAGCGAGCUGGCGCGGACGCCGGCGCCCCACGCCGUCGCGGCGCUGCGGGCCGUGGCGGCGGCACAGGCGGCGCACUGGCCCGCGGUCGCGCGCGCUCUGCCGCUGGCGACGCUGAGCGCGCUGGAGGCGGCGCCGGCCGUGGCGGGCGCGCGUCUCGGCUCGCUGCAGACCGAGCGGGACGCGGCGGACACGGCGGCGGCCAUGGCGACGCUGUCCAUGCACCAGCCGGGGCCGGCGGCGCCGAGCCACUCCGGGAGCUCCCGCUCGGCGUCCGAGGAGCCGAUGGAGCAGGACGACGCCAAGUGAGGCGACGCCGCGGACCCGGCUGUCUCCCUGAGGCUCCCCGCCGCGGGAGCUCUUCUCCGAGCGAGGCGCUCCGCCCCGCCCGAGAGCCUCACGUUCCGCGCGGCCGCCCGACUCCACCCGAAAUGUCGAGUCGAGGCUUCGAGGCCUUCGGGCCGCGCAUCCGGAGGUGGUCGGCUUCGGCCUCUCGCAGACCGAAGAGCGGCGGAGCGCAAAUGCUAUUUUUGUACGAAGGGACACUUCGGCGCCUUCUUUUGUAAAUAGAAGAUAAAUAGAUAAAUGGCGAAACGCGAGUCGCGUGAAAGAUUAUAUUUAUAUAGAGAUAACGUGUAACGUGGAAGGUGCAAUCCCAGAAGUGCAAUAUUAAUCGCCAUGCCCCUCGCGCCCCCUUCGGGGCUCGACCCGUGCGAACGGUUUUUAUGUUUUAAUAGAAGCGGCGUCGGAUGUUAUUUUUGUGAAGCUGCGGCCGCCGGCUUCGGCCGUCUUUUGUAUUGAAAUGUUGAAUAUUAAAAAUGUAUAUCGAUCAAAAUCGACUUGUUGGCGAGGACGAGGAUUCGAUCCUCGGGCGAAGAGACGUAUAACGAUGUUGUGUCUUUAAAGUUUUAUUGUUGAAAUGGAAAAGUAAAAAUAUUUAUUAAAAUGUAUAUAUUAAAUAAAUAAAUAUAUAUAUAUAUUUG